AUGCUAGUACGCCACUGGUACGGCGCUAGUACGGUACGCCACCGGGGGUUCACGUUGGCGAUCGUGGCCGAGCCCCACCGCCCCCCGAGAGACAGCCCAUAUUGGGCUGUUGAUAACGGGCAGGCGGGGGACUCGGUUGCGAUCCGAUGGCGGUCGGUGCCGGGAGGGUCCGGCACGACCCCCAUCGAGAGUAGGGAACGGCACGUUGCCGUUCAAUGGGGGCCCAUCGCGGUCGUUGGGGUCUAUUUAAGGCCCACCAGACGCCCUGCUCUGUUUGAUGGCUGGCUGUCGGACGUGGGACGGACGUUAACACGUCUGGGUCCGAAGCCGGUCCUCGUGGCCGGGGACUUCAACGCGUGGCACACGAGUUGGGGUUCCCGGCGUGAUAACGAGAAGGGCAGGUAG